CUUGCAAUAAUCUCUGCAUCUCAAUAGAGCAACCAACACAGACAUACUCACACAUUGUCAACUUCUCUCUUCUUGGUUGCUGCAAGCUGCAAUGGCUUCGUCGCUCGCACUGGUAGCUCUCCUCCUCGCCAGCUGCGCCGCGGCGGCGUCGGCGACCAAGUACACCGUCGGCGACACGUCCGGCUGGGCGAUGGGGGCUGAUUACACCACCUGGGCCAGCGACAAGAAACUCAAAGUCGGCGACAUCCUGGUGUUCAACUACGCCGGUGGGUCGCACACGGUGGAUGAGGUGAGCGCGGCGGACUACGCGUCGUGCUCCGCCAGCAACGCGCUCGCCAGCGACGGCAGCGGCGCGACCACCGUCACCCUCAAGACUGCCGGCAAGCACUACUUCAUCUGCGGCGUCGCCGGCCACUGCAGCAACGGCAUGAAGCUCGUCGUGGAUGUCGCUGCAGCGUCUCCGGCCCCGGAAGCCCCAUCCACCACGCCGACGACUCCAUCGACCACACCAGCGACACCGGCGUCCCCUGGCUCGAGCUCCGGCGUGACGCCUCAGACCCCGGCGACGGUGCUCGCGCCGCCGGUCAAGCAGUCCGCCGGCGCAGCCGGGCUCAGGGCCGGGGCAUGGGCUAUCCUGGGCUUGGCCGGGCUGGCCGCCGUGCAACUGGGCCUCUUCUAGGUCCGAAGCCAGGGUGGAGGCAGUGCUGUUAGGUUGCUUGUCAUCUAGACAUCGACAGACACGCAUCGUGUCAAGCUGUUUGUUCAGGAAGUGAGUUGAGAUUUCUUUCCACGGAGGGAACUGGUGCUUUUGUUGUGGUGGGCUGGCGGUAGGUGGAUGCUGUGUUUAAAUUGAUUUCCUGUUAAUUUGUUGCCCUAUCUAUGUCAUGGAUUUUUAGCCUCACCUCUGUAUGUUGUGACUCAUUCCAAUCUGGUUAUGAUCUAGGU